UUUGGCUACAAAAAGAUUUACGUUGCUAAUGGGAAUAAAAUGCCUUACUGAUUAUCAGUUAUCAACAAGGCUGACGGUUAGGAGUGGUUUUUACCAAUUUCCAAGAUAGAAUCUCAUAACGAGAUAAUAGCUCUGCAAGAUGAUGAGUAUGUCGAAAAUAAAACACAUGUGAUGACGACACUAGCCUGCCAUUUCUUUAGCAAGCUGACUUCAUCUAGAAGCUGGAUUGUUGACAAAUGUGCAGCAAACAAAAGAAGCAUUUGCAAAUGUGGCAGCUGUAAACUUGAAGAUGUACUGGAACAUUUUGAUGAUACCUCUAUUGGAUGCAGGAGUGCCUGGCAUGGACAAGUUGAUAUGCUUCUUGAAAAUAAUGAUAUAGGCAUACAGGUAUUUCCAGAAGAAGACGAGGAUUUAAGUUCAGCUGAGAGGACUUCUGCUGAAGAGAAAGUGAAAUGUUUCGAUAGCAUAGACGCCAGAGACCAAGCAUUAGCACAGACAAUAACAUUUUCUUUUCUGCAAAAACAGAGGUGUCCAGCAAGGCAACAUUUCUUAACCCCAUUCAUUGCAGCAUCAAAUAAACGCUUUAAAAUAUUUUUCUAUGAUGCUGAAAAUGACAUUUUACCCGAGUCAAGAGAUUUUUCAUUUACUUGCAAGAUACCUAAAGAUGUUAUAGACUUUGAAGCAGUGAUCGCAGCGUGGUUUGCGUUAAACUACAAAUUCCUUUGUUCUGGUCCAACAGAGAUGAUUCUCAAAGCACCAUUAGCAAAAAUUUUUGAAUUUGCAAAAGAACGCAUUGCAGUUUACGAGUCGAAAUUAAGGUUUAGAAAUGUUUAUGGUGAGAAGAACAAAAACGAUUACACAGAUUACGAUAAGCUAGAAACAUGUACACGGCUGCAGUUUAUUUGGCCGGAUACAAUCAGUGCUCCAAUUGACAUAUAACGACUUUCAUUUCGUAUACUACUGAGGCUGAAAUGCGUUUGUCUCAAAGUUUAAUAAACAACAUGUCUACACAGAAGAAGAGUAUAAUGUACUGUGAACAAGAAUAAUGUUUUGUAAUUUUAUCCCCUACGGCAGUACAGGAAGAGAUACAGAAACAAGCCUGUCUGUGACACAUUUUUGCCGAGACAAUAACAUUAAAGGAAUGUGAAAUGUUCCUUUGGUGACGCUCUUCUAAAUACCUUCAAACCAUUCUUUUUCAUAAAAAAAAAUGGAUGAUGGAGAUUUGGGCUAGUUUUCGCUAUAUGGAAAACUUUGAAAAUCUCCACCCAAACUGCUGGUCAGAUUUUAAAAAUAAUCUCACAGCAUUGUUCUUUAUUCCAAAAUUCAGAUCCAGAUGUGAAUGUCAGGUGACCCACUUAGGGUCAUCAUGGCCCUCUUGUUAAAAAAUAUACAUCUUCCUCUGACCUCAGGAAAUUUCAAGAAAUCCUGGUAGUGAUUAGAUGUUAAUGUGCAAGUGCAGAAAAUUAAAGAAUUGUAAGUUUUUGUUCCAGUAUUUUUUGCUGUUUAUAUAUAAAAUAAAGCUAUCCAAAUAAUUGUUAUAGUUAUAAAAAUCUUAGACAUGAUCAAUAGUACAUGUAUUUUAGAA